UCAUGUACCCCUCCUGUGUCUCUCCGUCUCUCUCCAGAAACCAGACCGUUUCCUUCUUGACUCCUUCCCUCAGUUUCAACACCCCCCUCCUUUCCUUCUUCCCUUCCUUGUCUUUCCACCAUGAAGAUCAAAAUAGCUGCCUUUUUAGCAGGGAUUCUUGGAGUCCUGGGUGUCCUUCUCUUCCUUAUCGCAUUUGGGACAGAUUAUUGGCUGCUUGCGACAGAGAAAUGUGGAGGAUUUGAACCUGAGAACAGCACCCAUUACGCGGAGGAGUAUGGAAGAGGAGACUGGAAAGACAACGACAAAGAGAUUCUUACAUUUCAUCAUGAAGGUUUCUUUUGGCGGUGCUGGUUCUCUGGUGAAGAUUACAAGGAGACCAUUUGGAACUUCUGGUUUACUAGCCAAGGGCAUCCAAAACACUGCAUGCAUGGCUACCUGUUUCCUAUGCCUGUUGCGCUUGGACCUCACCCGCAUCCUUCCUAUGAUGCAACUGCAGUGUACAGGGGCUUCUGGACGGCCUUCAUUGUGCUGGCUGUCACCACCAGCCUCGUGGGAGGAUUCCUGUUGCUGUGCGGCGUGCCCUUUGUCAAUGCGCGAUUCUACAAAGUGGGGGGCGGAUUCCUCCUGACUGCUGGAGGUUUAUUCGCCCUGCUCAUAUUUAUGUUUGUGAUGUGGAAGGAAUUUGUUGCUGAUCUCCGUAAAUACAUACUCCUAGAAAGAAGUGAUAGAUGCCUGGAUGACACUCCUGUAAAUCUUUAUUAUGGCUGGUCCUUCAUGUUUGCUGUUGCUGGGGUCCCCUUAGUGUCACUUUCUGGACUUCUCUUUUACCUUGUCGGUCAUAGUAUCCUGAAGGAGCUGGAGUAAAAGAAGUGGACCUCUGUAAAAAGCCCGACAAAAACGCCAAGGUGCCAUCUGGACAUGAGGCCUGACAUCUCAGUAGCGUGGACAGGAUCUGUAUCAACAUUGGUAUGGUUUAAGCGCUUUAAAAUCAUGGCGAGGGAUCACCUUUGUGGG